AUGUUAUUGCCCGACUGCUUCAAUGGCAUGGCUAACCUUGCCAGGAGUGUUACUCUAUGUUUGGGAUUGGCCAUUCUCGUCUGCUCUCAGGACGUGGUUGCUCAUGAUCAUCACCACCACCAUCAUGCUAAUCCCAACGAACUUCGUUCUCUGACGGAUAGUGUAACGGCCAACAGUGCUGCAGGUAGAAAGACAUGUGGUACCGGGAGGCAAAGUCCGGAAGAGAUUGAGCUUUCACAAGAGGCUGUCAGGGCAUGGCGUGGCAAACAGGGCUGCGAUGAGUCCCUUCCGUGCACUCUUGUUGGUGAAUCCACAGUCACUAUCGAUGUGUACAAUCACAUCAUUCGACAGGAUGAUGGCACUGGAGGAAUCACAACAACUAUGAUCACUGACAACAUGAACGUCCUCAACAUGGCUUUUUCAGGCACAAUUUUUCAAUUCACCAGCAAAACAACUACUGAAACCUCCAACACGGCUUGGUACAAUUGCGCCCACACAAAGGAUUCUUGCCUUGAUCCCAUGUUAACAGCGCUGCAUCAAGGAGGUUGUGCCGAUUUGAACGUAUUUUGGAACAACCUCCCGGAUGUUGCUGGUGCCGCCACUUUGGCAGAAUAUUGUGAUCCAAACUUUCUCCCUGAGGAUUUUGUGCUCAUGAACUUCCAAAAAGCGCCAGGAGGGAAUUCAACUGGUCAGAAUGAAGGGGAUACCCUGUGA